CGGGGAGGGGGAAGAAAAGGGGGCCGGUCUCGCGAGAACAGGAGGUUGCCGUAGCGGGGCGUCGCGAGCUGGGUGCGAGCGGGCGCGUGCGUACGUGCGUGCGUGUGAGAGGACCCGCAGCAGCCGCGCGCGGACGGUUUGCUCUGGCCCGUUAGUGCCCAUCGCGCCGCCGUCGCUGCUGCCGCCGCCGCCGCCUCGCGCCCUGCUCGCCACCGCCAUCGCCAUGUCCCGCUACCUGCGUCCGCCCAACACGUCGCUGUUCGUGAGGAAUGUGGCCGACGACACCAGGUGUGUGUCUGAAGACUUGCGCCGAGAAUUUGGUCGUUAUGGUCCCAUAGUUGAUGUGUAUGUGCCACUUGAUUUCUACACUCGUCGUCCAAGAGGAUUUGCUUACGUUCAAUUUGAAGAUGUUCGUGAUGCUGAAGAUGCCCUGCAUAAUUUGGACCGAAAAUGGAUUUGUGGACGUCAGAUUGAAAUCCAGUUUGCACAAGGGGAUCGCAAAACACCAAAUCAGAUGAAGGCCAAGGAAGGGAGAAAUGUAUACAGCUCUUCUCGCUACGAUGACUAUGACAGAUAUAGACGAUCCAGAAGCCGAAGUUACGAAAGGAGGAGGUCUAGGAGUCGUUCUUUUGAUUACAACUACAGAAGAUCUUAUAGUCCUAGAAAUAGACCUACUGGAAGACCACGCCGUAGCAGAAGCCAUUCAGACAAUGAUAGAUUCAAACACCGAAACCGGUCUUUUUCGAGGUCUAAAUCCAAUUCAAGAUCACGAUCCAAGUCCCAGCCCAAGAAAGAAAUGAAGGCUAAGUCACGUUCUAGGUCUGCAUCUCACACCAAAACUAGAGGCACUUCUAAAACAGAUUCCAAAACACAUUAUAAGUCAGGCUCAAGAUACGAAAAGGAAUCAAGGAAAAAAGAACCAGCCAGAUCCAAAUCCCAGUCAAGAUCACAGUCUAGGUCUAGGUCAAAAUCUAGAUCGAGGUCCUGGACUAGUCCAAAGUCCAGUGGCCACUAACAGCAUAACUAUAAUGUUUUUAGGCAUGUAUCAUUCAUUUACUCAUAGUUCAGUUUACUAAAUUAUCAGGAAUACAAUGUUGCAACAGUGCUUAAAAAAAAAGACAAAAAAAAUCCCCCCAAAACUUUUACUUCUGUCAGUUUUCCCUGUAGCAGGCAAUGGUUAUUAUAAUUAAAAUGAUAUACUGUUGAGAAGCCACUCUUAAGAGUCCAGUUUGUUAAAUGUCAUGGGCAGCUACCAAUUUGAUUGUGGUGUCUCUGUAUAUUUUUGUAAAGAUUCUCUUUUUUUAUGCUUGGAAUAUUGGUAAAAAGUUGUUAGUUGACCAUAAUUUGCAACAUUGUCCUAUUAGAAAUAAAGUUCAUAUCCAUGAAGCAAAAAUGGUAUCAAUUUGACAGAACAACUGUUUAAGCUAGAAAGUCAGGUUGUUCCUUAAAACGUGAAACAAAAUGGAUAACUAGCCACAGUGUAACACUGACUGCUGUGGCAUUUCAGGUUUACAGUGGACCUGUGGGGUGAGGGAAAAGGUGUGGUUUUGACACUUCUGUGGCUAUAACAUUCAUUGGUACAUGGAGCAGUGUGGUUUUAAGGUGUUCUUGUCAGCUGAACCAUCUCAGGUAGAUGGUACCCACAGAAGAGGACAUGGGUGGGGAGUCUUCAGGGAGAUUGAGUAAUUAGUCUUUUUGAGUAGAGCGGAGACUACUUUUGCCUGGUUUCUGACUAUUUUGAAAAAUGAAAACAUCUGUAAUGUUAGCUAAAAUUUGAGGUCAUAAUAGCAGAAAUAUUUUUAGGAAAAAUGUGCUGUUUUUGUAGCUAUUCUGAAUUUUAGAGAGCUGUUAACCAUAAUACUGCUUAGUUUUCUUACUACCAUUAGAGGCAAGUAAAUUGUUUCAAAAUAGGGUGUGUGUGUAUGUGUGCGUAGUGUUUAAGAACUCAAUUUUGAUGCCAAUGAUGUUCAGUUGUUGUGUUCAUUUAUAUCAGAAUUUGCCUACCUCUUUCUGAGGGAGGCUUUCCUCUUCUUUACAAUUCAGUUUAUUUAGUGAGGCAAGUUUCACUGAUAACACCCCUGAGACCGAAUGUUAUUUCGGUGCCAUAAAAUGGAAAAUAAUUAGAGGCAAAGGAGGCUUUAGAUUUAAGCAAGAGCUGCAUCUCCAGGUUUUUAGUUGAUCUUAAAUGCAGUACUCAGCUAUAAACAAAUGUGAACAUGGUUCCAGACCAUUAUGUGAUUUCAAGUAUUUCUCUGAAAGGCAAGUUGUUUUGUUUUUGUUUUUUCAAACAAAAGUGGCUUUUGACAAGGUCCAACCUCAUUUCAUUACGAGAGCUAGUAUCAGUACACCUCGGAUCGCUUGUUAAGUAUAAGCAUAGAGAUGUUGGUGGGGAAAAGUUUCCUUUUAGAGACCUACUUUAUAUUCUAUCUUGGUUUUAGGUAUCUAGGCCAGGCCUGUAAAAAACAAACAAACAAAAGAUGGUUUUAAAAUAUUGUUUGUGGAACAUACUUAAGGGAUUGAUACUAGAACCUUUGUAUAUUUGAUAGUCUUUCUAACUUUUAUUUCUUUACUGUUUGCAGUUAAUGUUCAUGUUCUGCUAUGCAAUCAUUUAUAUGCACGUUUCUUUAAUUUUGUAGACUUUCCUGGAUGUAUAGUUUCAAAACAACAAAAAGUCUAUUUAAAACUGUAGCAGUAGCUGGCAGUUCUAGCAAAGAGGAAAGUUGUGGGGUUGAACUUUGUAUUUUCUUUCUUAUAGAAGCUUCUAAAAAGGUAUUUUUAUAUGUUCUUUUUAACAAAUAUUGUGUACAACCUUUAAAAACAUCAAUGUUUGGAUCAAAACAAAAAGACCCAGCUUAUUUUCUGCUUGCUGUAAAUUAAGCAAACAUGCUAUAAUAAAAACAAAAUGAAGGACAUCAUGACCAACUGGAAUUAUUACAGUUUUAAGCCAUGAUUCUGUAAUAGAAGCUCCUUUUUAAAUAUACCAUGGUGAAAUGGGCUUGGUAAUGAGUGUCUGUUAACCAUAGCUACUUUUGAUUUCGAAUGUGACAGACUAAAAAGGAUACAUCUCUUGAUUGGUACCUUGACAUUACCUUAAGCAACAGUGUAUUUCAUAGUUAUUCCAUGAAUACACAUUGUCUUCUCAAGUCACUUUGCUGUCACCUGUUAGAUCUGGAAGGGAGCCAAGAACCAAGCUAGUAAAGUGACUCCUUUUGCAGAAAAGGAAACUUGAGGCCCUGAGAGGUGAUUGAUCAGUUGCACAGAGUCACACAGUUAAGUAAGUGACAGAGCUGGACAAAAGAAGGCAUGGCCUUUUAGUCCAGCAUGCCUUCACUCUCCUCCCCAUCCUACUUCUCAUUCACCAUGGCUUCAUUAUUUUAUCAGGACUGUGUUCUCCCAUUAUCAGACAUACCCUUCUAAUAAAAGUAGAGCAAACCUUUUCAUUGAAAGUAAAUCUUGAUCCUCAUCCCUUUGAAAUUGGCCUCCUUUAUUGGUCCUCUCAGCCUUGGAAAAGUCCAUCACAGAUGAUUGUUCCCUCUGUGGUCCUUCUAGUAAACUGUGUCAGAUAAUGGGUUGGCUGGGCCCUCCCUUUUAGACUAUCUGGCUUUCCUCCAAAAUAACAAGUGUCUUUUUUUUUUUUUACAAAGAUGCAUCAAGAGAAACAUUUGGGUGCUUUGAUUAGAAUUGAAUUUAAUUGAACUCCUCGGUCAUUGUGAGGCAGGGCUAAUACUCCAGGUGAUUAUUUCCUGGAAUUGAAAACACUCCUUUAAUGUCUGUUCUACACUUGAGUGCUAUUUUAGUGAUCUUUAUAUGUAUAUCUUUGUAGGGAAGAUGCACUUGAUGGUGAAUGAGUACUAAGUUCUGUAGUACUACAAAACAAGGAUUUGGUUUCCUCUGGUCUGAGGCUGGGUGUCUUCAUCUGGGAUCCCCUGCUAUUCUGUCCACACAUUCCAUUGUCAUGUGCUUAAGUCUUAAGUAUAGCUCUAUAGCUCCACCUACACUCCUGAAGACAAAGGCAAAAACACAAAAGCGUUUAGAAUGUAAGUCAUUUAAAAGUUGGGUUAAAUUCAACUUUUAAGUUAGAGUUAGGAAUCUAUGUUGUUUGAGCUUUCCUGUCACCUCGUUAUAUAGAAAGUGAUAGUGGCAGUGGGGUCUUUGGCUUUGAGUAGUUUUCUUGUUUUAUUAAAGCUAAAAUAAGGACUAAUGAUUUUGGAGCAUUUUAAGCUUUAGCCACUUAGAAUCAUAAACAUUUUCUACCAGAGGAGAUGAAUUUAAUAGUCCCGACCUUUUACAGAACAAAGGCUACUUGAUGUCAAGAAAAAUUUUGCAACACCCCACUUGAUAGCAGCUAUACUAUGGAAUCUGUUAAAGGAGAAAAUAUGUCACAACCUAAAGCUACUAUGAAUUCAGUAACUUGUGUCUUAUUAAUCAGUGCAUCUGUAUCACCAGGAAAAAAUGGCAAAUGUAAGAAGGUUCAGUGUAUAAAAAGUUUCUUUUAUUGUA